CGGAAGUGAUUCGUCUGCACUUCCUUAGCAACGAGCGACUGCUUAGCAACCGCUUGGCAACAACAAGACUGUGCCGAAAGCGACGCCAGCGACGAUUUGGAUUGUUUUCGAGGCUCAUGUUGACUCGAGGAGCGAGUUAAAAGUGGUAAAUUCGAGUCGUUAAAUUCGAACUCGCAACGCGGAGCAGCUCCAGCCAAGCCCAAAAUGUUGAGCUACCAACCUGAGGAGUCCCCACGAACUCCAAACCCAGCUGGUGCCAAAAGGUCCCUCUGGGAGGAGGUUUGUGCCGUUGUGGGUGAUGUGAGAUCGGUCAGAGCGUCAAGCUCAGCCUUUGUCAAGUAGCAACCUCCAAAAAGAAGCGCAAAGACCCAAAGCAUCCGAUUGGCGUCCAUGUGUUUGUUCGGAGACUUUGAAGCAGGCCUGCCAUGUCCUCCCGGCGCCGUCGGAACCGCUUCGGAACCUUCCAAGGACAGCAGCGCAUCGCGCACGCCCGCCAAGGUGUGGACGGAGGACGAGGAGGACGAGGAGGAGGAGAACGCGCUGCUGUUGGACCUGGACCCGCUCCUGCACCACCCUGCCCACGCUGGUUUCUCCGUGUUUGGGGUCCAUCCUCCACUAAGCCACAAAAAAGGAAGUCAGCCUCCUUUUUGUCCUGAAGCGUUUCAGCAUCCCGUCACACAGUACAUGGAGGAGAAGGUUUUCCCCGUGCUGGUGCCCGCACUUGAGGCUGUUCUGAAGGAAGUCAAGAAGCAAGGCUCUUUGCAGAAGAAAGUAAUAACCUUUAACCCCAUCGACUUCCUGGUGGAGUGGCUCUACAACCACAACCCCCGCAGACGAGGACAACCCCACCGACAAUUCAACAACAUCCCGUUCGUCCGAGCCUGGCUUAGCAUGCACCCGAGGCCUCCCGUGCCUCUCUUUCUGCAGCUGAGCGACGAGCAGGCGGCGUUGGUCAUCCAGGCCUUCUGGAGGGGCUACAAGGUCAGGGCACAGCCGCACGUGCAGGAACUGCGCCAGUGGCAAAAGAACCUGCGGGAAACCCGCGACAUUCCCAAGGCCGUCUCGGAAUUCUGGACUCGGAUCGAGAAGCGAGUGGGCGCAGCCACGGCAGAGACCACCGAAAGCACGGAGUCUGAGAAUUCCGACUUGUGCGUCAACGUGCUGUCUCCCACGCCGCUGAGCACGGCUUUCCCCACCCCCGCGAUCACCCCGGACGGCGGGGAGCGGCCGAUGCCCGGCCUGCCCGGCGCGGACGGGCUGAACUACACGACGUCCGUGUCCAGGUCCUCAGUAACACUGUCGCCAACUUAAAGCAGACUCGGGAGCCAUGUCGGAAAAGUGCCAGGACUGGUGUCACAAACGAUAUUUCAAACCCAAACUACGAGUUUUCCCCUUCAAUGUGGGCCAGACGAUCAACCAGCGCGUCUACCAAGAGAUCCUGCGGCGAAAGGUUGUGGCAGCUUCACCAUGACAAUGACCUGAGCAUCGGACAGUUCCUGGCCAAGAAGAACAUCACCGUGCUGGUUUAAGCUUCCUAAUGGAGCCGUUUAGAAGCCCCGGACGACAUCAAGAUGCCCGUGAUGAUGAAUAAUCCUUUGGGGGAGGGCAGAGAAGGCUAGCAAAGUGCGUUUGACUCCAGGGGGAACACCUCCAAGGGGAAAACGUGCAUUUUGGGUUUGAGAUCGUUUGUCACAAUAGUCCUGGAAGCUUUCUGACAUACUGAAACAUUGAACAGCCGGACAUACAAAUGUUUAGAGAAUGUCAAAUUAAGUCAAAGCUAAAUUUUAGGCUCAUCUUGAACUUUGACCCGACAUCCCCAACUUUUUGGGAGUAGCGCAUGUUUUACAAAUGCUAACUGACAAAUUCUUUUAGCGUCGGCGGAUGUCGCGGCGACCGAAGCCGUCUGUCACACGGGCCGUUAAAAAUCUUGUAACCAAUCAAACGCAGCCAAGCGGGAUUUAUGCUCCGACAUGCGCGUCCAAUCGGGUUAUUGCUUCCUUUGCCUCCGUUUAUGCUAUCGCCUCGCAGUACUUCCGCUUCACGUGUCGUCGUACGCUCAAAACCAAAAAAACAAGUGGAAAUCUUCCAUUGAGGCCAGGAAGCGAGAGCAGAGGAAAAGCGAGACGCCAUCGUGCAGAGCUGCAACUUCUGUCCUGUUCAUCAGGAAAUGAUCGCACUGGGGAAGCAGAUGAUAAACACAAACCGUUUUUUUUUGGGUAUUUUUUUUCUUUUCAAUGACAGCUCACUUUGUUUAGGAAAAAAAAAAAUGUAUUGCAUUCAGAUUUUGCUCCCUGUUAAAGAGUCCAGAACCGGUGGAUGAAAAUACUGUGAUUUGAAAACAACAAUAACAAAUAUUUUGUACAUUUUAAUGAGGCACUAAAAGCUGCAAUUCUUGUAUAUGCAGUAUGUUAAAAUGUUUGCGCGUUAACAAUUUACUAAAGGAACAUUUUAAAAUGAUAACCUCAGAAAAUUAUUGUAGUAUGUUAAUAUAAAUUACCACAUAAAUAUAAUGAGAAAUAUCAGAAAAGUACCAAAUUAUUUGUGCUUUUUUCAUAUUUUCUCUUAUUUUUACUUUUAUUUUUUUUUAAAUGAUUCUAUUAAUAAUAAUAUUCCAGCAUGUGUGCUUGUCCCAGUAAAUGUAGUUAUUACUGUUGGAUGCAGAUCAUCAGCUUUUCUUUUUUCUUUUAAGUGUAUAAACCUUUUACGCACCUACCAACGCACUUGCUUACUUAUUACUUAUUUUGACUUAACUCUCUUUUUCUUGAAUUUUUGAAAAAUCAUGCUUCUACACCAGUAUGUAAUACUUUAAUACAUUUUCCUUUCAUUAUAUUUAAUUAUAACAAUUUCAUGACAUUUAUUGGCAUAUUGGCUGGUACAAAUCCCAUGGUGUGACCACUUUUAACCUUUUUUUUUUUAAUUUGGAAAAAAUCCUUAUUUGAAUUCUAUACCAAUAUGAUAUACUGUAUUUUUCUUUCAUUAUAUUUAAUUAUAACAAUUUCAUGAGUUUUUGGCAUCCUUUUUGGCUCCUAAUAAUAAUAAUAAUAAUAAUACUGUGAAGAUUGACUGUCGUCGUGGUGGAUUGCAGCAAACUGCGUCAUGGCGAGAGCUGUUCCUAAUAAUUUGCCUCUCUCACGAAACCGUUGUGGAAAACAGCGAGACCACUUUGAAAUGAUCAGUUUCUCCGAUGUUGCUAUUUAUAGCCGCACGCUGACUCAAGUGAACUUCUUUUUGUUUCAGUCCUGCUAACUAUUGCUUGGGUAACUCCCAAAUUUCUUCUAUUGGGUCCCAUUUUCUGUCCUUCCUCGGCCACAAAGUACGACCUGGCGAUUUGACGCAGCGUGGCCGCGCCGCGCGUCUCCCUUUGCGGCGGUUUGGGUUCCCGGGAGACGGCGGCUGCUCUCGUUGGGCGACACGAUGGGUUGAUCCAUUUCAUUCGGACGACAUCUGAUAUUGUCGAGUCUAGCGCUUCUGGGCCUGACUGAAACUGGAUCGCAGCAUUUGGUUGGCGGUGCGCGCCCGCAAAAGAUUUGAUUUGUUUAGUGAGGCUCUAACCACAUUUCACAGUCUAUGGAGUCGUCCCCGCAUCUUUAAUAAUGCGCUUGGAACUCGGUUACAACUACACUUUCAUUCGUCCGAGAGACUGUACGUGCUGCUGUUUUGGCUAGCGACCGGAGUGCAAAUGGCUCGGCUGUGUGCACAGCAGCAUCUACCGACUGAGGUCGUUACAGUUGCUGCCUAGCUACUUCCCCUUCAUGUCACAAAACUGCCAUCAAUCUUCUUCAAUCAAUCUCCCCAAUCUUUUGCAUUUGAUGGAGGUCAGUCAGCCGCCAGGUGUGCGGCCGUGAGCUGCCAACUGUAUAAUUUGUUUGCGACUGUCCACUUCAUGGCUGGAGCAACGUUGUGGUUACAGCUCGCUCGCAGAAACUUUUUCAGAAAUCGGCAGAGGGCUGAAGAUGUACUCUGUUGUUUC